AUGCCGGUAGAUGUUUUCCUAGACUCUACAGCUACAGGUAUUAAAACAACUGCGGAAUUGGUUAUACAGGAGGCAACUGGAGUUAUAGUUGAAUUUGGAAUGUGUGCGGCCGAUACAGCCGAUGCAAUAUUGAAUACUCUUCUUGGGAGGGUUACUAUGUUAGGAACAUUAAAUACUGUUAUAGAAUGUACCGGAAAGGCUGUAUUGAAUACGGUAUCUGUCGUUGCCAACUCCGCACUUGAGGGUGCAAACAUGGCUUACUUAUAUGGUACAUUCUACGGUGUAAUGCAAAUAAUUCUCCCAUCACUAAUAGCUCUUGGAGUUGUGGUCCUUAUUUAUGCCAUAAUCUUAUAUCUACACGAAAAAGGAAACUUAAAAUGGUUCCAUAGAUAUAAAAGGAGGUUCAUAAACAAUAUAAAGAAGAAAUAUAAUGAAUUCAGAAUGUCCAGGAAAAAACAAAGUAGUGAAUAA